GUCCCUGAGCAGCCUCCCAGCUCUGACAUGGCUCAGCCGACCAGUGGCCUCUAUUCUACUUUUGGCUUCUUCAUCUGCCUCCUCUUCUUUCCGGCUUCUUGGGAGGCAGGUGCUAACACAUUUCAAGAACUUCAAAAGACUGGCGAACCUCCAAAAUUCGAUCACUUACUCCCUCUUACUCAGGGUCUUACUCAUAGAGCCUCUUCUGACCAAAAAACCUCAAGGCAACAUCCUCCAGACCUCCCUGAGGCUACAGCAACCCAGAAGGCCAAAAACCAGUGCAACACCACUCGCCUUGUCAAACCAGUGCACACACCUCUAGACAACGCCAAAGCCGCAGACUAUGGAAACACCACUGUCCGUCAUGAAAUGCCUCCGGCUUCAGAGAAGGAUCUCAGCAGUCAAGGAAAACACCUAAUGGCCAGGAAUGAGCGCUCGGCUGACGACCCCAGAUCCACUACCUCAGAGAACGGGUCAGAUGGAAAACGUUUGACCUCAGCACCCAGGAGAAACACAAGCUGUAUGCCUUCAACAAGGCGAACCAGCUUAACGACGAAAUCAGGUAUGAGAGCGAGUCCCAUGGGGGCCAGUGCCAGCUUAAGGACCACCUCACAGAAGCCCACAACUUUCCAUGUCUCAGAGCUCAUUAGACAAAGUUCUUCCCCAGUGUAUGCCACAGAAACCCCAAGGACCUCAUACAACACCCUAAAGACCCUAACAACAUCAGGACCUGAACAUCACACAAUUCCGUUUGCCUCAGACAAGUCUGUCCAGAUAACUACAGAACACAUUAAAGAGGCCACAUCAGCUAGCGAGAUCACAAGAACCCAAUCAACAUUCACCAAGUAUGAAGGAAAGACCAGCCCAGCUAGUGAGAGUAGCUCGCAAGCCCAGGUGCUUCCCAUAAAACAUCAUACCACAUCGGCCAGUGAAAAUACGAUACCGGUCUCAGCAAAGUCCACACCAUCUACCGAGAAAGCUACAAAACCCACAGCGAGUCCCACCGUAUUCCAGAGGAAAACCAUAGUAGCCACUAAGACUGUAAGAGCCACAAGAACCUCUGAGAGAACACCAGUAUUCUUGGAGACCACACAACCAGCCAAAGCCACAGAAGACAAGUCAUCUACUGUCCCUUCUCAUGUCCAUAAAACGGAGACCAUGCACCAAGGGACAGUUGGCUCUUUGACAUCCAGAACGAACCUGGGACUCAGCACUUCAGAAGCUCACUACCCCCAGCAGAGCACCCACAGCUUGCCUGGAGGCCUCCAUGCUGCUGGGGAAACAGGGGAGAAUAAUUCAUUCCCUGUGUGGGCUAUAGUUAUUGUGAUCCUUAUGGCUGUGAUUAUCCUGCUGGUUUUCAUUGGCCUGAUCCUUUUGGUCUCCUGUGCAUCACGAGCACGCCAUGUACUGACCCAGAACUCAGAGGAGCCCGAGCCCCAGCCUGAAGACAAAGGGAGCCGCAAUUCCUACCCAGUUUACCUGAUGGAGCAGCAGAAUUUGAAUCUAAACCAGAUCCCUUCCCCACCAUGACCGCGAGACCUGCAUCCCCAGACCUUCCAGGCUUAGCCCCUUUCCUGGAAGAUGCAUUAGAUUCCGAAUUCAUGAACUCAGAAAGGGCAGCAAAAACUAACAGACAAAAGCUGUAGCCCCCAUCGGCCAUGCUCCUAACUGACUAGCUGAGGAACAAGGCGGUAAGGGCAACAGACGAACAUUUGGAGGAGAGAGAAGAAAGAAUAACUCAAGUACUCUCCAUAGAAAGUGAUGUAAGAAUAGCAUUGAUGGACAGCAGGGGCGGGACCAGUACAGGAAAGGGCGUGGCUUGGUGAGGCAUCAGCACCUCCACAUUCCAAAGACUAGUAGGACCCUGGGUCCCAGGAGGAGUGAAGACAGGUGCUCAGGUUUAAAAACUGAUUUAUAGUAAUUAUGUCCACCCCUACCUAAGAUGCACACACUUCUGAAUUCUUGAGAUACCAGAUAUGUUUAAAUUGUUUUUAGUUUUUAAAAAGGGCCCCAAAAUAAAGGAAGAUUGAACUAUUUUCUUCUCUACUCUCUCUUCUGCCUGGAGAGAGAGAGAGAGAGAGAGAGAGAGAGAGAGAGAGAGAGAGAGAGAGAGAGAGAGAGAGAGAGAGAGAGGGAGAGAACCCCUACCCUGCAAAAGGUUACAAAUUCCUCCACCCCACGCAUAGCUCUUCCCUUUUCCUCGUGAGUCUCUUGGUUUUUCUGGAUGUCUGUGGUGGGUUUUCUGUCCGUGGGUGGGUACACACGGGGGUUUAUGUUUGCCUGCAGUCUCAUCCACUAAGCCUCAUCCCCAGCCUUCCCCGGUGGUGCAUCUUCUCAGCACUUGGCAUUUCUCCAUCUUUACCGAAAGCGCGUGCUGGCUUCAACUUGCGGGAGUCACCGUCGUCACUCAGCCCACAUCCCCUCUCCUCGCUCUCCACCAUGUUCUGACUUUCCUUCUCACAGGCGGUUCAUCUAUGUGUGCUUGGAAGAUUUUCUUUCCAAUUUAACCCGUUUCUUUACCUGGUGCGCAAGACGAGGAGCGGGGAGGAAGUGGAUAGAGGACAGGCGCCCUCUGCUGGGCUUCUGUAAUAAAGCAUGAUGUAUUUCU